AUGUGUCCCCUGGAUUUCUAUUUGAGGUCCUACCCAUACUUGAUGGGUCGCUUGGUGGACAUGUUUGGAGAAGGUCAAGAAGGGCUUCUCUUCGUCAUGGACCACACUGCUCUUUGUGGGCUGCUGGUCGUGGCAGGAGGUGCGGCCACGUUCUGCCGGCUCUACUUGAUCGAAACAGCGAUCGAGCGCAUCGCCUUCCGCUUGCGGCAGCAGUUUUUCAAAGCCCUCGUGGAGCGGCCCAUCGCCUUCUUUGACCAGAACAAGACAGGAGAGUUGGUGAAUCGGCUCGGGAAUGAUAUCACCAUGACGAGCCGGGUUCUCAUUGAUGCUUCGGCCGGGAUCCGUGGCAGUAUCACCGCUGCCGUGGGCACCUGUAUGAUCUUCCAACUAGCACCUCGAGAGAUGAUUCUGGGCCUCCUCUCCCCAGUCCUGGCGCUCUUCGUCACCGGUGUCCUCUACGGCCGCCUGGUGCGCCGCAUCGCUGAGCGACGACAGCAGCGCCUGGCCGAGGCGGUGCAGCGCGCGGAGGAGCGGCUCGGCGGGAUUCGCACGGUGCGCACCUUCAACGCAGAGGCGCGAGAGCUUCGAGGCUUUGAGGGACUUUUGGAUCUCGUCUAUCAAGCUGGAUGGCAAAAUGCGUUGGCCUCGGCUGGCUUGUCCUGUUUCUUCGUCACAGGAGGUGGCUUGUUCCUCCUUCACAUCAUUUACAACUGCGGCGUGAUGGUGUCCAGUGGAGUUGUGAGUGUCGGAACGACGGUAAGCCUGGCCAUGUACUGUCUUAUGGCUGGGUCUUCUUACACCGGGGUCAUGGCCGCCUAUGGAGACAUUCAAAAAUGUUUGGGCUCACUACAGAAGGUUUUGGACAUUCUGGGCACAGCUGAAGUUCGACCUGCCCUCAGCCAAUCGGUGGCUGCUGCAAGCGGCGCAGCAAGCGCACCUUUGGCCGUGAAGUUUGAGAAUGUGAGCUUCUUUUACCCAGCCAGGCCCCAAGCGAAUGUGCUUCAAGGAUUAAAUCUGGAUAUUCCGGCUGGAGCACGUGUGGCCAUUCUCGGCCGUUCGGGUUCCGGGAAGUCGACCAUUGCCCUGUUGCUGGCAGGGCUUUAUGCACCGACAGAGGGAAAGAUUUGGGUGGAUGGCCAUGACAUGGUGGCGGAGGACCGGACGGCUUGGGUGAGAUCGCAGCUGGGUGUGAUCAGUCAAGAACCGACUCUCUUUGCUAUGAGCAUCAAGGAGAAUGUAGAGUAUGGCUUAAGUCCUGACCCCGUGGAUCAGGCAUCCAACGACCUGAAAGUCAAGGAGGCAGCAGCUGCAGCUCAUGUGACUGAGUUUACCGAUGGCCUUCCGCAUGGAAUGGAUACGCUCGCAGGGGAGAGAGGUCAAGCCUUGAGUGGCGGCCAAAAGCAACGUGUUUGCAUCGCCCGAGCAUUGGCCCGGACUCCGCGCAUGUUGAUCUUCGACGAAGCCACCUCUGCUUUGGACUUGCGGAGCGAGCGGGCCGUGCACGAGGCAUUGCAAGAGGUCUUAUCAUCUCAGAAUUGUUCUUGUUUGGUCAUCACCCACAGGCAGCUUGGCUGUUGUAAGCACAGUGGGGAUCAACUCGUCGGGCUACCAACAUUGGCACAAACAGAUGGACUUGUUUUGCUGUUUCAGUUUCUGCACUUUUUUGAUAUAUACAUAUAUUAUAUAUUAUUAUAUCAUAUUAUAUAUAUAUACACGUUAUAUACUGCAUAUUAUAUGUUCCAAAACGCUCUCCAGCCUGGCUAA